AUGACCGUCAACGGAAAGUUCAUCGGAUUUUCGGCGGGUAAAAUGGCUUGUCUGGACGUCAAUGAAAUGGCCAUUACAUCCCCAAUACUUGGUUUAUUUUAUGAUUUUGGAGAGAGUUUGUUCAAGGAAAAAACACUGAACAUUUGGAGUGUAAAGGCAUUUGUACUGCCGGAAGAUGAAGGAAUGUCCUUAAUUGAGGAAAUAGCAGCAGAGGCAGCAGAAGCAGACAUGGAAGCCGGAAACUGGAUGGAAGAAAGUGUUGAAGCCCCGGUAGCCGAAAUAGUUGAGACCCCGGCUGACAUAGAGACCUGCACACAGAGCCCAAACCUUGAGUCCGAAAACCCGGUAGCCACAGUGCACCAAACAGAGUGGUAUGUGAAUGAAAGAAAAACCCAGCUGGAUGUGAAUGGCCAUGUCUAUAUUAGGCACUUCCAUAUCCGUACUUCAGUUGGUGACCUUAUUGGUCAAGACUCUGACAAUGAGCCGGAGAACUUCUUCGGUUCUUUGGAAUCCUCAUACUCACCACAAAGUUUGAGUUCAGUAGCUGGGCCCAACUAUGGUCCACGACUGCACCCUCCUGACAAAGAGGGUGACAAGGAGGAUGAAUAUCUACCUCAUGGAAUAGGAAAGUCUGCUGGACGGGAAGAAAAGCAGAAGGAUUUCUACAUGCCCUUAGCCGAGGAGCUGGUUGACAACCAGUACAAUAGUGUUGGAAGUCGCAAAGUUGGGAGGGAUGAGUUGGACAAGGAUAGCCCAACAAUCUCCAGAACUGGAGAGCCACAAUUUGGUCUCUCCACACAUCUAACACCCACCAAAAGAAAAAGAAAGAACAAAGAUGUACUAUAA